AUGGGUGAAAGUUAUCGUGCCCACGAUGCUUUUCAAGUGCCUUUCGCACAACAACCCAUUGUGAUCCUCAGGGCAGGAAUUAUCGGAUGUGCAACGGCCCGUCAACUCCUACUGCAUGGCUUCUCGGUUGUGCUCGUUGCGGAGUUCCUUCCUGGAGAUCAGGACAUCUACUAUGCAUCUGCCUGGGCAGGGGCCGCGUGGCAUGCCGCAGGCGGCAUCACUGCAGACCAGCGCUAUUACCAGGCCGUUACACAUCGCGUGAUGCUCAAGAUGGCCCAAGACCCUGAAUCAGGAGUCAGUGUCGUCGAUGCCCGUGAGUAUGUAGAGCAGGAACCCGCUCCAGACUCUGCAAUCUGGGGGAGAACGGUAGUAUCCAAGGUAGGACCCUACUCUGCUCCCAUACCGAUGGUCACUGAUCAUAUACAUGCUAUUCAGUUCCAGACACCCGUCACCGAUCCUACGCGGCACUUGCCGUAUCUGAAAAAGAAAAUCUUAGCCCUUGGAGGCACGUUCAUCCGCCAGCGUGUCGACUCUCUACACGAACUGUACAAGAUGUUCCCCGACUCUCGCUUGUUCAUCAACGCCAGCGGCCUGGGUAGCAAGACUCUUGAGGAUGUGAAGGACGACUGCUGCUUCCCCGAACGAGGACAAAAUGUUUUCUUUCGUACGAAAAAUUGCAACACCCUUUACUUCCGGAAUGGCAAAGAGUACACCUAUGUGAUUCCUCGACCUCUUUCCCAGGGCGUUGUGCUCGGAGGGUCCAAGGAACAAGGUAAUCUUUCUCCCGACGUCAAUAUGGACAUCGCUCGCGACGAGAUUGCGCGGGCCCAUCGACUUGCGCCAGACAUCGUUCCUGAACACCCUCCGGACGACGCUAAGGACCACCGCACCAUCCUGUCGGCCUAUGGGUUUGGUGGAGGUGGGUAUGCGUUUUCGUACGGGAUCGCGGACGCGCUGGUGAAGAUGGUGGAGCAGGCGGAGCGCAAGAACGUCAUCAUUUAG